UUUAAAAACAUGCUGAAAAUUUACGAUUUAAAACUUUGUAAAAAUUUUCAUUUAUCUUGUAUAAGUCUAAAGGUUAUAAGUGGGUAUGAUAUAAAACCAGAUGAUAUAAGCGAAAAUGAAUUCAAACGAUAUACUAAAUCAACUGAGGAAAGGAAAAAAAGGCGCAGUAUUCAAAAAAAAUUUUCUAUGAUGCCUCCACGACAUACUCGUAUGCCUAUAGAUCAAGAUUGGCCUAGUGUUUGGCCAACAGCAUCAAGUUUUAAAGCAUCUGUUGUUCCUCUACCUCUUAGACAAGGCAAUGUUUCUUCUAAAAGAGUCAUUCCCUCAAGUUUAGGAAAUCUUGAAUUGAUGAAAAUACCAAACUUCCUGCACUUGACUCCACAAGCUAUUAAACAACAGUGUGAAGCUAUUAAAAAGUUCUGCACACCAUGGCCUAAAGCCUUAUCAUCGCAAUACAAAUUUAAAGGAUUAAUCCCAUUUUAUAAUACUGGUGAUGACAAGAAGAGUGGAGUCUAUAAUUUAUCUUUUGUUGAAACAUCAAAGCUUAUGCCUCCUGGUAUUGAAAAUCCUUUUGCAAAAAAUAAUAUCCAAGAAUGUGUCAAAUCUGAUCAAACUAACAAACAUUUAGAUAGCCAUAAAAAUUUAACUAAGGCCGAAUUUGAAAAAAUAUAUCAAACUGAGGCCAAUAAAUUGGAUAAGAUAAUGUCAGAACAUUUUCCCAUUGAGAUAACUACUAGUGACUAUUGUUUCUCAGCACCUUCCCUAAAAGAUCCAAGGGCUAGGAAGAUAUCUAUGAAAGUGAGUGUAGAAUCUCUCCGCCUAAAUUAUCAUGGUACCGACAAACUCUUGAGACUAGUUAAAAACAUGUAUGAUUCUGAAAAAGGAGUUUUUAACUUAAUUACGGACAGAUGUCCUACAAGAAAGCAAAAUUUGGAAUACGCCUAUUACCUACUCACGGCUUUGUACCACGAAUCCAAGAAAGUUGAACCAUGGGAAGAAAACGGCAAAACGGACCAGGAUUUAGAAAUGUACUUUUGGCAUAAAAUGCCAUCGAGUGAUUCCGCUUUAAGAACUAUCAAAGAUUUAAAGAAGCUUAGCCUUACUCACCCAGAUGUGAGAACACCGAAUGCUUCCUAUCCAUCUUUUAUCCACUCCCUACCAUCCGAACGAGAAAUUACUAAAGAAGACAUUUGCUCAAACUCAGAGGUCAGAGAAUUCGGCAAUACCGUCUCGCGUUAUCAUGAUAGCCCUACAGAAACAGAACAAAAUAUCAAAGCUUACAAAAAUUCUGUUAUUCGGUUAUUGGGAAUCUCUAAAUUUGGAUAAAAUGAAAAUUGCGACGAUUGUUCCUCUCAUAUAUAAAUAUUUUAAUUAUGUAACUCAUUGUUAAUAGUCGAAAACCUUCUAUACACAUCUUGUGGAACAUGUAGUAUACUAUCAAGAUUUUAAAUUUAAAAAAAAUUAAAUUACAAUUCCAACAUUAGAUUUGUUUAUUUUUCAAACAACAAAAAAUCUAAUAUUUAUAACGUCUUUUAAACAAUUAUUAAAUUACCUUGCUUUCCAAUUUUCAUAAA